UUAUCAGUUUGAUUUUCAACUUCUGCCUUCACGCUAGGCAGCAAAAAAUAGUCAUGUCUCGUGCAGUUUUCUUUCUGCUCGUCGUCGCAGUCGUUGCCAUGUACUCUCACGAAGUGAAUGCACAAAGUGACGAGAGACCCGAACCAGGAUGCGGUCCUAACGAAGUUUACGACACCUGUGGCAACCCUUGUCCACAAAGUUGCAACGCACCGAAGAUUCAGGCCUGCGCAACGGUUUGUGUCGCCGGAUGUUUCUGCGAAGAAGGAUUUCUCAGGGAUGAACUUGGACGAUGUAUCCCCUAUUCGGAGUGUCCUCGCCGCUAACUAUUAAAAAUUGACAGCAAUAAAACAAUUUCGAGUUUUUUA